AUGGCAGCGGCGGCGUCAUUCGCUUUCUCCCCGGCUCUUCGCUUCGCGUUCGUCCUGCUCCUCGUCUCCGGCGCGCUUCGACCGGUCGAAUCGGAGUGGAUCGAGGAAUCCGGCGGUUCGAGGAAGGGCGUGUCCCUCACGCGCUCCGCUCACGCGCAGCUCUUGCUACGCCCUCAUCCACUCACCCCCCCCCCUCUCUCGCUGCCUCUUGCUACCAUCUGCUCUGCUCCUGGCGCAGUCGCCUUGUCCUGCUUGAUUCCCCUUCUCUCCCUUCACCUGCCGGAACGAUCCAGUACAUGCACGCUCGCUGUCUCACCCUACUCUCCGCCCUCCCCUCCCCGGGCCUCCACCUGCCUCUCCCCCGCCCGUGCAGUUGUGAAGAGCCAGGUGGGGCCGGGCAAGCCCUUUCCGCUGGACCCUCACGGAAUCUAUGUGCUGUUGACCAGCGCUGAUGUCAUAUUUGGGGACUUUUGCAAGAAGUACUGCGGCUUUCACACCCAAGACUCGCUCAACUCCACCCCUCUGCGCUUCGCCUUUGUGGGGCACCACGGACAGUGCCCCAACUCGUGCGGGGUAAGGGGCACGUCACCCAACGGCAACCCUGCCAUCGAUGCUACUAUCACCACGCUUGCGCAUGAGAUCACCGAAGCUGCCACGAACCCGGACGUGAGAACGGGGUGGUUUGUUGACGAGGGCGGGGAGAACGCUGACAAGUGCUCAUGGGAUUUCGGCAGCACCAAGACCGUAUCCCUGCAGAACGGACAGAAAUACGAGUACAACUUGGUGGGGCUGAAUGGGAUGAAGUUCCUGGUGCAGCAGAACUGGGACUGUGUGCUGAACAAGUGCGUCCUGCAAAACACCCUGCCUUCUCAGGGUGGCGGCGGGGGAGGCACUCCCUCUCCUUCUCCUUCUCCUCCUUCUCCUUCUCCUCCUUCUCCUUCUCCUCGUCCUCCCUCUCCUUCUCCUCCUCUCCCCUCUCCGUCUCCUCGUCCUCCCUCCCCUUCUCCUCCUCCUGCCUCUCCUUCUCCUCGUCCUCCCUCUCCUCCUCCUUCCCCACCUCCCCCGGCUGGAGGCAGCGUGAGGAUGAAUUGUGAUUGCAACUGUGCGAGUGUUAGCAACCCCAUGGGCUGCCAGUGCUCCUGCACCAAGACAGGGUGA